AAGUUUUUUCCACCUUCUAAAAACACAUAUUCACACACAGAGGCUAAUAGUUUCAAACAGAAUACCACAAACAGCAGGCAUUCCUUUAGAAAUAAACAGGGAUUCUGCAACAGUUAGCCCCCCUACAGUCAGCAGAAGAGGACAUCCUUAUCAAGAGCAUCUCAAUUGUACUGCCAUAGUUUUCAAUACAAACAGUCUCCUUUAUCUUAUGGCAGAGGGCCGGCUGUGCUAGGUCCAUCGGAGCCACUAUAGCUUUUAUCACGCCAUUACACUUUGUACUGACCAUCCUCCAAGCAGGUAUCAUCUUUUGUUUACACCUUAUCUCUGCAUCUCAGAGGGCACCUGAAACAAGCCCAACCCCAAGGGGCGGUAACGACACCUCCUAGAGGACUGCACCAAUACAUAUAAAAACGGUCUCUUUCACCAUUCGGAACAUCAACAGCGCAACCUAAAGAACCCUCUAACUAACUAACUAAGGAGUGCAGGAUGACAUCUGUAUCAACCAUGACGAGUAGCCUGGACAUCGCCCAAGCAACAGAAGCUCUAGAGCGAGACACGCAGCCGUGGGACCUCACAGACUCACCACCCCCAUCGCUGUUAAUCCAGACCCCACCAUCUCCACCCCCCUCUCCACAGCUGCUGCUGCAGGAUCCUACAGGAUCGGGGCUGUUUGAGGAAACCAUUAUCGACAUCAAGCUUGCAACCCACCAUCUUCUGAUGUUGGCGCUAAACGAGUUUCUACAGGAUACAUGCUACGGAUGUCAAAUAUCUCACCCCAGUCAGGUGCAACACAGCUGCUUGCUCGAAUUGCCCGAGUAUUUCUUUGACAUCUACUAUGACGAUGUGAUGAUAAGGCUCAAGACAGACCGUUUCAUCCCCGCCAUACGCCUGUUUGUGCGCUCCUACACAGUCGAUGGGACUGGAACACAAUUCAGCCGAAUUGCAGAACACACCAUGACCGAACUGAGAUCAUCACAACAUAUAGUAUGCGCAAUUAACGACAACAUUGUGCAGUUGCUAGAAGCAAGUCGUUAUGCCCGACGUGCUAAACCAGCCAUGCUACGUAUGAUUGGUAACUACUGGGCCGGGAGACACCUGGUUUAAUGUAUGCUGUUCAGUAUUCAUUGUCUGUGUGAAUGAAAUAAAAAGACGUGUUAACACCGACAGCUUUAUCAUUUGUGUCUUGCAUGCAUCAUGGAAAACACCAUGUAUAAAAUUUAUCAUGAUCCGGCCCAUCCGGCUGGCCUGGCCAGUUUAAAUAAGCUCCGUAUAGCUACCGCUGAGGCAAUAGGUGUAAAACCCUCAUUAUCACAGGUUAAACAUUAUUUAGAACGAGACGACACUUACACACUCCAUAAACCAGCCAGGAUCCACUUUCCCAGAAACAGAGUAUUGGUUAAUGGAAUCGACAAACAGUUUCAAGCCGAUCUGGUUGAUAUGUCUGAAUACAUGACAGAUAAUGAUAAUGUUAGAUACCUGCUAACAUGUAUAGAUGUAUUCUCAAAAUAUGCAUGGGUUAGAUGUCUCACAACCAAGACGGGCCCAGCCGUAGCAGCCGCUUUCGAGGAUAUACUUGCUGAGGGAAGGAUCCCUAUGAAACUACAAACAGAUGAAGGCAAAGAGUUUUAUA